AUGCCUUCGAAAAAAGUCAUCAAAAAGAAGGUUGCGGCUCCACCUGCUCAGCUUCGUGCAGCUGCUCAGCCAAAAGAGGUGAAAAAUCCUCUUUUCGAGAAGAGACCCAGGAACUUUAACAUCGGCUGCGAUAUUCAGCCUAAGAGGGAUGUGACUCGUUUUGUUAGAUGGCCGAAAUACAUCCGCCUGCAGCGCCAGAAGGCUGUGCUCCAGAGGCGUCUAAAGAUCCCACCACCAAUCAACCAGUUCAGAAGCGCUCUUGACAAGCAGACUUCAUCCCAGCUUUUCAACCUUCUGAACAAGUACCGCCCAGAGUCAAAAGAACAGAAGAAAGAGCGUCUUCGCGCUCGUGCGGAAGCUCGCGCCGCUGGCAAAACUGAAGAGAUCACCAAGCGCCCUCCUACUGUUCGUUAUGGUAUCAACGCUGUCACUCGCCUCAUCGAAACUCGCAAGGCACAGCUCGUUGUUAUUGCACACGAUGUCGAUCCUAUUGAGAUCGUCAUCUUCCUCCCUGCCCUUUGUCGCAAGUUUGAUGUCCCAUAUGCCAUCGUGCGAGGAAAAGCUUCGUUGGGAACAGUUGUGCGACGCAAGACCACUUCAGCCAUUGCCAUCGUUGAUGUGAACCCUGAGGAUCGAUCUGCCCUUUCAAAGCUUGUUGAGACGGUGCACACCAACUUCAACGAGAGAGCUGAUGAGAUUAGGAAGCACUGGGGUGGCGGUGUUAUGUCAGCAAGGUCAGAGGCUAAGAAGCUCAAGAUUGAGAAGGCCCGAGCUAAGGAUCUUGGUAUCCGUGCGUAAAUAUUAUCGUUGUUUUGUUGAUAAAUUUGUUACAGUUACG